AUGGAGAUCGAAAUCGAGAUCAAGACGGAGAAGGAGAUCGAGAUCGAGAUUGAGAUGGGAGGAGAGGGGAUCGAUGGCGGCGGAGGGCAGCAUGGGCCAGUGGCCGCAGGCACAACACGUGGAAAGCCAUUUUCCCAAAAACUUCCGAGGCCAGAUCCUGGUAAACAAAAGUGGAUCAGGAUUGAACCACUCGCCCUCGCACUCCUCGCUACUGCUACGUUUGCCUUUCUAGGGCAUCGCCGCCGGCAGCUGCGAUAUUUAUCCGACCCGCAUCCUUCCUUCCGAGCUGCCUGCGAGUCUCCCUCUAUCUCCGCUGCUGCUAGUAACAACGCUUCUGUUAACGGCCGGACCGCCGCUGCCCCCGUCGAAGACGGUCGUUCUGAGGACACGCUGGACGGAUGCGGAAAGCUGUAUUCGCCGGGGCUCCGACCGCUUCCACCGCCGCCCCGCCAUUUUCAGCACUGGGAUGGAGAAGCGGAGGAGACGGGGACGUCGGAGGAGGAAUUUUUGUCGCCGAGGGGGUCCUUGAUCGAGAAAGAGAGCUAUGGGCGUGCAUCGAGCUCCUGGAGGACGAUUUCUGCUGCGGCGGCCGAGGAAUGUGGGUCUCGGAGCUCGUCCCGGAGUACUCCGCCGUAUCCGUCGUCGAACUUGGACGCAUCUCCUCGAUCGUGGCCGGUGACUUCGUCGCCACGCGUUAGAUCGAGCUCCGGACACUACGGCAGCAAAUGUCGGUAGUCUCGAAUUUUUGGCUCCGACACCGGGCACGCCGCCACCUCCUCCACCGCCAUCAACACCGUCGCCUCCAAAACGGAAACCGACGACGCUUUUCCCACCUUCUUCGCCGAUUGCGACAGAAUCCAAUAGAAAGGUGGAACUUUGCGAUAUAACGAGGGAAAACCUGAGGUCGCGGCACAUAACUGAUGACUUCCCUCAGCAACUAUUAGGCAUUAGCACUCUGCCAACGCCACCGCAGCAAAAUCAAGAUCCGCCGCCGCCGCUGCCGCCACCUGCACCACCACCCCCGCCUAUGAAAUAUUGGCAAAGUCAGAGUCGGAAGCCGCAAGCAAGACAAACACCACUGGAUGUGCCAUCGAAGCCUUAGAUUCGGCGAACUCGAAGGCGGCGGCUGCACUGGGAUAAGGUGCAGGCAGGCUCCAGUCAAGCAAUGUAUGGGAUCAGCUAAAAUCCAACUCCUUCCAACCGGAAAUCGCAUGAAUGUUGGUACAAUUCGGGGUGAUGCUCAUGCCUUCAAGCUCGAAACAUUGCUUAAACUAGUUGAUGUCAAAGGGAAUGAUGGCAAGACUACAGUUCUGCAUUUCGUCGUCCAAGAGAUUACCAGAGCAGAACACUCCCGCCUCUCUGCCACUUGCAAUAUGGCUGCUGAAGCACCAUUGUUGCAAGAGAUUACCCCACAACAUGAUCUAGAGUGCAGGAAACUUGGUCUACAAAUUGUUGCCGGUUUGGAGGGUGAGCUUAGCAACGUACUGCAUUCGAUUCUGACAUACUCAGUGGCUGUGUUUCAAAUCUCGUUGGAGGAAUGGAGAAGAUCAAUGAGGUAUUAAAAUUGAAUGAAGAACUAGGCUCCGAGAACAGCCACCGCAAAUUCCAUGAUGCCGUGACUCAGUUUCGUAAAAGUGCAGAGGAUGACAUUAUCAGAGUGCAAGCCCAAGAGAGUGUGGCAUCGUCUCUGGUUAAGGAAAUAACUGAAUAUUUUCAUGGUAAUAAUUCAGCUAGAGAAGAAACACACCCUCUUAGGAUCUUCAUGGUAGUCAGAGAUUUUCUGCUCAUUCUAGCUCAGGUAUGCAAGGAUGUAGGAAGGAUAAAUGAACAGGCAACUAUCAGCUUAGGACAGAAGUUAAUUACCAGCGCCGAGAUACCAAAGUUCAUAUGAUGAGAGCUCAUUGUCCUCAUGGUGUGAUAUUGUCACGGGUAAAUUUUGACCUUUGAAAA